AUGAAACGAAUCGGCUUCGUUCACUUGCUGGUGUCGUGGGGGACAUGUCUGGCAGCCCUUAUGAAGGCAAAUGGCUCCGACUCGCUUGCCCACUGCCCUGGGUACAAGGCUUUUAACGUGACGACGUCUGGUAACCAUAUUCAAGCUGACCUGCGCCUCGCCGGCGCGAGGUGUAACGCGUACGGCAAGGAUCUCGACAACCUGAAGCUUGAAGUCGCAGUCGAGACAUCGAACAGAAUCCAUGUCAAGAUUUACGACGCAGCUGAGCAAAUCUAUCAAGUUCCAGAGUCGGUAUUCCCACGACCCAAGCCAAUCGAGCACAGUGAGGAAAAGGACGCCCUGAAGUUUGAUUACGAGGGCAAUCCAUUCUCUUUCCGCAUUGUUCGAACCCAUGAUGGUCAAGUUCUCUUCGACUCUUCUGCUGCAGUUUUAGUCAUUGAGGAUCAGUAUCUGCGGCUGCGGACUCAUCUCCCUGAUGAAGCGAACCUGUAUGGCCUUGGCGAGCACUCUGAUUCCUUCCGCCUGAGCACGUCCAACUAUACCCGAACACUGUGGAACGCUGAUGUGCCUUCUAUUCCCAAUAAUCAGAACCUUUACGGGAGUCAUCCCAUUUACAUUGAACACCGGAAGACGGCAUCUCAUGGCGUGUUUAUGCUCAACUCCAACGGCAUGGAUGUCUUUAUCGACAAAGGGGAAGCGGGUCAGUACCUAGAAUACAACAUCCUCGGCGGCGUUUUGGACUUGUUUUUCAUGGCUGGUCCUACGCCCGUUGAUGUGGUUAGGCAAUAUUCUGAAGUUGCUGGCCUUCCUGUAACAAUUCCGUACUCGGCUCUUGGAUUCCACCAAUGUCGCUGGGGUUAUCGAGACGUGUUCGACGUUGUCGAGGUUGUGUACAAUUACAGCAAAGCCGAAAUACCACUGGAGGCCAUGUGGACCGAUAUUGACUACAUGGAUGGUCGGACGGUCUUCUCUGUCGACCCUCAAAGAUUCCCGAUGAAUAUGAUGCGCGAGCUUGUGGCCCACCUUCAUGCGAGCAAACAAAAGUAUGUGCUUAUGGUUGAUCCUGCUGUUGCGGUGAAGAACUACGGCCCGUACAACAACGGUGUGAAAGAUGACAUUUUCCUUUUGAACGCUACCAAAGACAUAUUCCACGGCGUUGUUUGGCCUGGCCUUGCUGCGUACCCAGAUUGGUUCGCAAACGGAGUUCAAGAGUACUGGACCAAGGAAUUUUCCCGCUUCUUCUCCCCAGAGACGGGAAUCGACAUUGACUUCUUAUGGAUCGACAUGAAUGAGCCAGCCAACUUUUGCGAUUACCCGUGUCUCGACCCUAUUGCAGCCUCCAAAGGCUAUCCCCCGCCUGCUCCUGCGGUUCGCAUACCACCUCGUCCGCUCCCAGGCUGGCCAUGCGACUUUCAACCACCUGGUACUAGCUGUAAGAAAUUGAACUUGAACUUGGGGCAGCGAGCUUCGCUAUCGAGGGAGCAAAAGCAUGCGCCCAAUGGACAGACAAGCGCCUUAUUCGAAGCACAAUCGUCUGGUGCACAGGUUUCUCGCGCUGACAGACGGAAAGGCCUGCCUGGCCGCGAAUUGGUAGAGCCUCGGUACAAGAUUCACAACACUUGGGGACCGUUGCCGCAAAAGAGUAUCAAUACCAGCUUGAUUCAUCACAACGGACUCUGCUUGUUUGACACGCACAAUCUUUACGGAAGCAUGAUGUCGGCCGUAUCUCGUGCAGCCAUGCUCAGCCGUCGACCUACGAAGCGGCCACUGGUGAUUACGCGCUCAACCUUUGCUGGUGCCGGUGCUCAUGUCUCCCACUGGCUGGGGGAUAACGACUCGGACUGGCCGCAUUAUCGUUGGAGCAUUCGCGGGAUGCUGCAAUUCGCGUCCAUCUUUCAGGUCUCCAUGGUGGGCUCAGACGUUUGCGGGUUCAACGGCAACACGAGCGAAGAGCUCUGUGCCAGGUGGGCCAUGCUGGGAGCCUUUCAGCCAUUCUACCGCAAUCACAACGCGGAAGGGCAGGUUGACCAAGAGUUUUACCGCUGGAAGUCGGUCGCGAAAGCCGCUCGCAAGGCCAUGGAUAUCAGAUACCGACUGCUCGACUACUUUUACACGGCAAUGAUGCGGCAGAGCCGCGACGGCACACCGGCCAUCAAUCCAAUGUUCUACAUCUAUCCCGAGGACGAGAACACGUAUGGUCUCGAGCUGCAGUUUUUCUGGGGGCCAUCACUGCUCGUAGCUCCUGUAUCAGAGCAGGGCUCCACGAGCGUGGACAUUUACCUACCCGAUGACAUCUUGUACGACUUUUACACACAUGAGCAGAUCCGAGGACAAAGACGGGCCAUGACCAAGGCCAACCAGACCCUCACAGAUAUUCCGUUGUACCUUCGCGGGGGUGUCAUUGUUCCCCUCCGUGUCAAAUCAGCCAUGACUACUGCCGAGCUCCGAGAGCAAGACUUUGAGUUGAUUGUCCCGGUCGGCAAGGAUGGCGCGGCCGAGGGCAGCCUGUACUUGGACGACGGCGAAAGCCUGAAGCCAGACGCAAUCUCCAGCAUCGAGUUCAGGUAUGAAAAGGGCCGACUUGACAUGGAUGGAUCGUUCGAGUACAAGACCAAAGCCAAGUUGACCAAGGUUACGGUGUUGGGGGCAAAGACGCCGAAUGGUUGGGCCAGCACCUGCAUCACUCUGGAUAAGCCUCUGGAACAGCCAUUCUCGGUGAAAUUGUGGUAG